AUUUGGAGGUUUUAGCGGUGCAGAACCUCUGACUGCCAUGGCGGUACCUCUCGACUGGUCCCCCUGCUCUGACUCAGUCUCUCCAGAGGUCACUGGGUAGUACUAGUAGCUGAUAGCUAGCGCUAGCUAGAGCUCUUUAUGCAAGUUGAAAACCAUGAGCAGAGCACACAUUUAAAAUUUUGAUCAAGAAACGUUGGCGCCCUUGAUAGUGAGGGAUGGCUUGUCAUUUGGUGCUGAAUAACUUCACUUGGCGUGCCGCUGGCUGCCUCCUCUGCACAUCUGGACCGCAAGCAUCUGGCGAACCGCUCACCUUACCAACCCCGUGGAAGAAGUGGCCACCAGCUAGUGGUCCAAACACUGCUGCAUUGUCACAUCUGACGCGCCGUACGUCCGAAGCGGGAUCCACCUGGCCCAGCCACCACAUCAAGCCAUUGCAGAGAUUCACAAAUGGUCGGUAUUCCAUCGCUUGCAAGGGCACGCCAGUAGCGGAGUCGGCAGGGGAGCCGGCAGUGCUCCCUACACCAUUCAUCAACCUGGACCAAGAUCAAAAGGAGGAUGUCACGGUUGUGGAAUUGAAGUUUGGCGAUCGUUUGGGGGCCCUACUGGACACGAUGAAGGCUCUCCGUGAGCUUGGGGUGAAUGUGGUGAAGGCCAAAGUGAGCACCGUGGAGCGCGUUGGCUGGAACAAGUUUGAGAUCACCAACAAGGACGGUGGCAAGGUGACGGACCCCGAGCUGGUGGAGGCGAUCCGGCUGACAGUCAUUGAGAACCUCCUGCAGUACCAUCCUGAGUCGAGUGCCAAGCUUGCUAUGGGGCUGCCCAGCCCUCAGGCAAUUCAGAUUCCCACGUCCAUAACUGUGUCGCCCGUGGAUGCCACAAGCUCAUGCAUCCAUGUCGAGACUCCAGACCGACCAGGACUCCUCCUCGAAAUCGUCAAGGUGCUUACAGACAUCAGUGUUGUGAUCAAGUCAGCUGACAUCCAUACUGAGGGCCUGGUUGCCCUGGACGACUUCGUGGUGUCUUAUCAGGGGGAGGCCCUGAACAAGUCCAUGAAAGAGCUGGUGACCAACGCCCUGCAAUUUUACCUCACUCGGUAUAGUCUAGAAGAGGACAGCUACUAGGUAGCCGUCGGCAGAUUCAGUCAUGCAAGCUAUGGUGUCUAAAAGGACUUGUAUAUAUUCUGCUUGUGUUGGUAAACACUGUAAAUAGGAUUGUUGUCACUUUGAUAGUUGUGCGUUUGUCAUCUUAACAGUAAUUUGGCUUAAAUUUUUUUCUAAAAACAGAUAUAUAUAUGUAAGUAGAUUGUACCUAAAGAUCCGAUUGGCAGUCGCAGUGACAAUGUUCCAGGUAAUAGCACAUGAACCAAACUCAGCCCAUGCAUUCAUAUAAUCCUUCGAAAGUCAACUCAUCA